UUAAAGUCAUUCUUCUUCUUCGCGUUUCAAAGCCGCAACGAUAAAUCUCUCUCGCUGGCUUUAAAUCUUCUCAGACAUAACGCACCGUUUUUGCACUGCAAUGCCCUGUGCUCAUCACUCUUGAAGCGUCACAGUUAUUCUCUGCUUCACGAUAUGGCGACAGACAGUGGGAAAAGUUUUGCAAGGAGAGAUCGUUUAUUGGAGAUUGAGGCAAAGGCUAGGACUUGGUGGGAGGAAAGUGAUGUUUUUAAAGCUGAAGCUGGUGAAAAGCCUCCUGAGCAAGGUGAAAAGUUCUUUGGAAACUUUCCAUUUCCUUACAUGAAUGGGUAUUUGCAUCUAGGGCAUGCGUUCUCGCUUUCCAAGCUUGAAUUUGCAGCAGCUUAUCAUAGAUUGAGAGGGGCAAAUGUUCUCUUGCCAUUUGGUUUCCACUGCACUGGUAUGCCCAUUAAGGCAUCAGCUGAUAAGCUUGCUCGGGAAAUUAAGAUGUUUGGGGAACCGCCAGUAUUUGAUAAAGAAGUGGAGGAGGAAGAAGAGCAGCCAGCAGCUGAGGAUACCAGUGGUGCACCACCAGAUAAGUUUAAGGGCAAGAAAUCAAAGGCUGCAGCAAAAUCUGGUGGACAGGUGUUCCAGUGGGAGAUUAUGCGCAGUUUUGGGCUUUCUGACAGUGAGAUAUCAGAAUUUCAGAAUCCAGAACAAUGGCUCAAGUUUUUUCCUCCCUUGGCCAAGGAAGACUUGAAAGCUUUUGGCUUGGGCUGUGACUGGAGGCGUUCAUUUGUCACCACAGAGAUAAACCCAUUUUUUGAUUCCUUUGUAAAGUGGCAGAUGAGGAAGUUAAAAGCCAUGGGUAAGAUCAUUAAAGAUGUGAGAUACACAAUAUACUCUCCCUUAGAUGACCAGCCAUGUGCUGAUCAUGAUAGGGCGACUGGCGAAGGAGUUCAGCCCCAGGAUUAUACUCUUAUCAAGAUGGAGGUGCUGCCACCAUUCUCUUCUAAAUUGAAACCUCUAGCAGAUAAAAACAAAAAGUUGUUUCUGGUUGCUGCUACACUGAGACCAGAGACCAUGUAUGGGCAAACAAAUGCAUGGGUAUUGCCAGAUGGGAAGUAUGGAGCAUAUGAAAUCAAUGAUACUGAUGUGUUUAUUCUCACAGAGAGAGCGGCCCUUAACCUUGCCUAUCAGAAUUUCUCUAAGAUCCCCAAGAAAACUAGUUGCUUGUUGGAGUUGACUGGUUCUGAUUUGAUUGGUCUUCCUUUGAAGUCUCCUCUUUCAUUUAAUGAGGUCAUAUACGCACUUCCCAUGUUGACCAUUCUAACAGAUAAAGGUACAGGGAUUGUGACCAGUGUUCCUAGUGAUGCCCCUGAUGAUUAUAUGGCACUACAUGAUUUGAAAGCAAAACCAGCUCUCAGGGCAAAGUUUGAUGUGAAGGAUGAGUGGGUUUUACCCUUUGAUAUUGUACCCAUAAUCAACAUUCCUGAAUUUGGAGAUAAAUCUGCUGAAAAAGUUUGCUUGGAUCUGAAAAUUAAAAGCCAGAAUGAGAAAGACAAGCUUGCAGAAGCUAAGAGGUUGACAUACUUGAGAGGAUUCACAGAGGGCACGAUGCUUGUUGGAGAACAUGCUGGGAAGAAGGUCCAGGAAGCUAAGCCAUUGCUUAGGAGUAUGCUCAUAGAAACAGGACAGGCAAUUAUGUACAGUGAGCCUGAAAAGCGGGUCAUGUCAAGGUCAGGCGAUGAAUGUGUUGUGGCUCUAACUGACCAAUGGUACAUAACGUAUGGGGAAGAAGAAUGGAGGAAACUGGCCGAGGAGUGCUUAUCCAACAUGAAUCUCUAUUCUGAUGAGACACGGCAUGGCUUUGAGCACACUUUAAGUUGGCUAAAUCAAUGGGCUUGCUCGCGAUCUUUUGGCCUUGGAACCCGCAUUCCUUGGGAUCCACAGUUCCUUGUUGAGUCAUUAUCCGAUUCUACCAUUUACAUGGCUUACUACACUGUAGCUCACUUGUUGCAUGAAGGGGACAUGUAUGGAAAAACUACUGGUCCAAUAGAACCUGGACAAAUGACAGACGAAGUCUGGGAAUUUAUCUUCUGUGACGGUCCACAUCCCAAAUCAUCUGAUAUCCCGUCAUCUAUUCUUAACAAGAUGAAGCAAGAGUUUGAGUACUGGUACCCAUUUGAUCUUCGAGUUUCUGGUAAGGAUCUCAUCCAAAAUCAUUUGACAUUCUGCAUCUAUAACCAUACUGCCAUUAUGUCCAAGCAGCACUGGCCCCGUGGAUUUAGGUGUAAUGGGCAUAUAAUGCUCAAUUCUGAGAAGAUGUCCAAGUCCACUGGUAAUUUUAGGACACUGAAACAGGCCAUUGAGGAAUUCUCAGCAGAUGCAACAAGAUUUUCUCUAGCUGAUGCUGGGGAUGGUGUUGAUGAUGCAAAUUUUGUUUUUGACACGGCAAAUACUGGAAUUCUUCGUUUGACUAAGGAGAUCUCAUGGAUGGAGGAGGUUUUGGCUGCUGAAUCAUCUUUGAGAACAGGACCAGCAUCAACUUAUGCUGAUCGGGUGUUUGAGAAUGAGAUAAAUAUUGCAGUCAAAAUGACUGAACAGAAUUAUGCAAACUACAUGUUUCGAGAAGCUCUUAAAACUGGUUUUUAUGAUCUUCAAGCUGCAAGGGAUGAAUACAGGUUCUCGUGUGGAGCUGGAGGUAUGAAUCGUGAUUUGGUGUGGCGUUUUAUGGAUGUGCAGACUCGUCUUAUCACUCCAAUCUGCCCACACUAUGCGGAGUAUGUUUGGAGGGAGCUCUUGAAGAAGGAUGGCUUGGCAGUGAAAGCAGGUUGGCCUGCAGCUGGCACUCCUGAUCUGACCCUCAAGAGUGCCAAUAAGUAUUUGCAAGACUCGAUUGUUUUGAUGAGGAAGCUGCUUCAAAAGCAAAUUCUGGGUUCGAAGAAAGCCAACAAGAAGGGGGCUCCAGUUGCAACACUAACCGAGGACAAGUUAAAGGGCUUGGUAUAUGUGAAUGAGCAAUUUGAGGGAUGGAAGGCAGAAUGCCUGAAGAUCCUCCAAAGCAAAUUUGACAGUAAGUCUCGAACCUUUGCGCCAGAUGGAGAGAUAAUGGAGGCCUUGCAAAAGAGCUCGGUUGGUCAGGCAACAAACUUUAAACAGACCCAAAAGCUUUGUAUGCCUUUCUUGAGAUUUAAGAAGGAUGAGGCGAUCACAAUCGGUCCUCAUGCUUUGGAUUUGAAGCUUCCAUUUGGAGAGAUUGAUGUCCUUCAGGAGAAUUUGGACUUGAUUAAGAGGCAGCUUGGUCUCGAAGAGGUGGAAAUAUUAUCUGCUGCUGACCCUGAUGCUGUUGCCAAAGCUGGUUCUCUUGCUUCACUUCUAAGCCAGAAUCCUCCUUCCCCUGGAAAUCCCACUGCAAUCUUCUUGUCAAGAUAAGGUAGUCGAGAGGCUUUGCGUCUAAGAAGAUUGAUUUGCCCCACCGGAAAGCUGGGAAUUUUGCUAUACUUAUAAUUACUUUCAGACAACCUCAAAGUGAUCACAGAACAGAAUUUGUGUUUUCAAUUUGCCGGAAAACUGGUUUUUGUUACUGAAAGAAAAUGUAUUGCUGUGUUUUCUAGGUGAGAACUGGUUAAAUAUUUUUUCUUUGGAGAUGCAGUAUAUAAUGUUUAUGUUCUGUUGUGGAUCUCAUGAAGCUUCUUAAUAAAUUAAUUUUCAGUUGGUUUCAUUAA